GCUUCAAGAGUCGGAGGUGGAAAAAGCCGAGAGAAUAGAACGAGAGCAGCGCCGUCGUCGUCGGGGCCACCUUAUCACCCUCCUUCUCCCGUGCCCGUCGCGGUGUCGCCGAGGAGAACUCGGAGGCAACCACUGCUACCUAGUUUUUUCUCGUUUUUCCAUCUCAAUCUCGUAUUAUUAUUCUCUCGCGGGGGCUCACGUGUGCUGCCACGCCACUCACCACGUACGUGGACAAGCAGACGUCUUAAUUAAAAAAGGUAAAAUAUACCUACGUAACCGCAACAUAAGCGGCCAAUCGUCGGAGCAUGAGCGAGUACGGGAGACGGGGCAGGGCCAGGAAGGCCGAGGAAGAGGAGGAGGAGGACGUGUACAAGCGCGAUCGUAGCAGAAGCAGGGGUGGUGGUGGUGGUGGUGAGCGAGAUCGCGGCGGAAGCAGGGACCGGGGCGGUGGUGACGGGCGCAAGGUCCAGAGGCUGGACAGCAUCAAAGAUCCCGGGAAAAGAUUCACGCUACGGGACCGCAUCGGCAGCGGGGUCUGCGCCGACGUGUACGAGGCCGUCGACGAAGAGGCCGGUAAAAAGGUCGCCAUUAAAAUACAAAAGUUGACCCCUGAGACGCAGCCCCUCAUAGUAGAGGAGUACCGAGUCCUCCGUGACUUUUCAACCCACCCCAAUCUACCGGAAUUCUAUGGGGUCUACAGAAAGUCAUCCGGUAAAAAAACGGAGUACGAUCAGAUAUGGUUCAUCUUGGAGCUGUGCGAGGGAGGCCCUAUUAUCGAUCUGGUCAGAGGCUUAACAAACAGCGCCAAGCGAAUGCGGGAGGAGCACAUUGCCUAUAUACUGAGGGAAACCAUCAAGGCGGUGAUGCAUCUCCACGAGAAUAACGUUCUCCACCGGGACAUCCGAGCGAGCAACAUAAUGCUGACGAAGGAGGGCGAGAUAAAGCUCGUGGAUUUCGGGCUGUGCCGGAUGAUAAAGGGCGAGAUGGGCAGGCGCUUCACGUGCAUCGGCUCGCCGAACUGGAUGGCCCCGGAGGUGGUCACGAGCAAGGAGCCCGGGCCUGGCUACGGCACUCGCUGCGACACCUGGGCCAUCGGGAUCACGGCCAUCGAGCUCGGGGACGGCGACCCGCCUUUCGGCGACAUGCACCCCACCAGGGCUCUCUUUCAGAUCGUGAGGAAUCCACCGCCCACCCUCUACAGGCCCUCCAACUGGUCCCAAAACUUUUGCGACUUUAUCGCAGAAUGCUUGGAGAAGAACCCCGAUAACCGGCCCUUCGUAGCCGAGAUCGUCGAGCACCCCUUUUUGUCCGAGCUCCCGGAGAACGACUACCCGCUGACGCAAGAGAUAAAGGCCCUGGCGAUGAACAUGAGCGCAAAGGGUAAACGCGACCGCAGGCCCGAGAGCAUAGUGCGCAAGGGUUACCUAAAGACCCAUCAGACCUACGUGCCCGAGCGCAUGCACCAGGAGGACUUGGCCGCCCUCGAACAGUUAACGGAGGAUCGGGUGUUGGACGAGCUCAACGAGAGGCUGCGCAUGGGCCACUUUCACACCUUCGUCGGCGACGUCCUGCUCAUACUCAACCCCAACGAGGAGCAGGACAUUUACGGGAUGCAGUACCACACCAAGUACCAGAACAAGUCGCGCUCGGACAACGCGCCCCACAUAUACUCGGUCGCCGACAGUGCCUACCAGGACGUACUCCAUCACGAGGAGCCCCAGCACAUUUUGUUCACCGGCGAGAGUAACUCUGGCAAGACAACCAACAUGAUGCACCUUAUUGAGCACCUCAUGUACCUCGGCAAGAGUCUAAAAGAUACCGGGGCAAGAGUGAUGAAGGCCAUCAAGCUGAUCCACGCGUUCACGAAUGCCGCGACUCCCCUGAACACAAAUGCGACCAGGUGCGUCUUUCAAGUACAGACGACUUACGGGUCGACGGGAAAAGCGUCCGGGGCCAUAUUCUGGGUAUACCAGCUGGAAAAGUUUCGGGUUUCCACCAGAGACAGGAACCAGUCCAACUUCCACAUCUUUUAUUACUUCUACGACGGACUGGAGGCGGCGGGCAACCUCCGCCAGUAUUUGCUCCCGCAGGGCCGGCGUAUGCGCUACCUCAGGGUGUACGACUCGGACUCGAUGUCGGGUCGCAAGCGGUCGUUCAAGGUGCGCAACGAUCCGCACGGCAACUCGAAAAAAUUCGAGCAGAUCAAGGAGUGCCUGCGCCUGCUCGAGAUGGAGGAGCACUGCGAGACCCUCUGCUACGUCCUGGCGGCCAUCCUCAACCUCGGGGACGUGCGUUUCAUCGAGAACAACACGGGCGAGGCCGAGGUCCACAACAUUGAGACAGCCAAGUCAGUGGCCGAGCUGCUCAACGUCGACGUGAAAAAGUUCACCUGGUCGCUUUGCAAUUACUGCGUCAUUAAAAAAGGAGCGGCCGUCCGCCGCAGACUCACUUGCGACGAGGCCAAGGAAGCCCGCGACGUGCUCGCUAACACGAUUUACCAAAGAUUAGUCGACUGGCUCGUCAAUAACAUCAACCAGAAGCUCAGCGUCUCGCGCACCCUUUUCGGUGACAAAUUCCUCAUCAGUAUUUUGGAUCUGUUUGGGUUCGAGUGCUUCUCCAAGAACCGACUAGAGCAGCUCGUUAUCAACACAAUGAACGAACAACUGCAGUGCCACUACAAUCACCGCGUUUUCGUCUGGGAGAUGCAAGAGCAGGAGGAGGAGGAAAUACCCGUGGAGAAGUUUCACUUUUACGACAACAAGCAGGCCAUAGACCAGCUGAUGAGCAAAGAUUACGGGUUAUUUUACGCUCUCGACGAGGCCUCGCGGCAGCUCCAGGGCACGUCGUACAUCUUCGAGCGUAUAGGCGGCCACAACAACAACCGCCGGGGCGGCAAGGCCAACACCCACGUCAAGAUCCAGAGCCAACACGAGUUCACGGUAGCGCACUACACGGGCAAGAUACAGUACGACGCGAGCGAGAUAGCCGAGAGAAACCGAGAUUACGUGCCGCCCGAGAUGAUCGAGACACUGAGACAAUCCAGCCACGGCGUCGUCAAGGAGCUGUUCACCAACAAACUGACCAAAGCCGGAGCUCUCACCAUCCACGUCGACGAGAGCAUGAAGACCGACAAGCAGCAACAGCAGAAGAAAACGGCGCGCAGCAAGUGGGGCGCCGCUCUCCUACAAUCGGACCAGAUCACCAAUCUCCGGAAAUACAACACGGCUUCCCGAGGCCAGUAUUCCCAGUCGCGCAAAGUGCGCACCUUCGCGGCUACCUUCCGCGCGGCGAGCCUCGAGAUCCUUAAGAGCUUGGCGGUCGGCGCAAUCAGCGGGGGUACCCACUUUGUCAGGUGUAUCAGAGCCGACUUGGAGGGCACUCCACGGGGCUUCUACAGGGAAGUGGUCAAGCAGCAGAUCAGGGCUCUCGCAGUCGUCGAUACGGCCAGGGCACGCCAGAGGGGCUACCCCUUCCGCAUAUCCUUCCAGGAGUUCUUGAAGAGAUACAAGUUCCUGGCCUUCGACUUUGACGAGAACGUCGAGAUGAACCAGGACAAUUGCCGGCUGCUGCUGGUCAGACUGAAGAUGGAGGGCUGGGUGAUCGGCAGGAGCAAAGUUUUUCUCAAGUACUACAACGAGGAGUACAUGUCCCGGUUGUACGAGACACAGGUGAAAAAGAUUGUAAAGGUGCAGUGCAUGCUCCGGGCCUUCCUUGCCCGCAAAACAGUCGCCUCCAAGGCUCCCAAGAGCAAAUACACGGCGCGCCGACCAAUGGAGCCUGCGAAGAAAGCACCAGAAACGUCGCGACGAGAAGAACCAACGACGGAUAUGGCCGCGACGACGACUACGAGAGACGGUCCGAGUCGAGACAUGUCUCAAGACGAAGCAGCUUUGGUUCUGCAAAAAGCUUACCGAGGUCACCAAGUGCGAAAGGAAGUAGGUCCCCUUCUGAGCAAAGAUCUGAACUUGGAUCCAGACACAAUGGAUAUGAUGAGGUACUUCGGCAGCAAGUGGAGAUCGAAGAGUAUAUUCCAAGUCCUCCUACAAUACCGUGCAGCCCGCUAUCAAGACCUCGUGCACUUUUGUCAACAAGUGCAUCUUUACAAUCAAUCAGUAGUGGGGGCUCUGCAGAUGAGUAACGAGCGCGUGCCCCUCGAGAGGAUCGACCCAUGCGACAACCCUGAUGCCUUCCUCGGCCCGGUUCGGCCGCCGAACGUUCACAAGCUUCCAUUCGACAUGCACCAUGAAAUGCCAUUCUACGAUACCUCUCACAUGAACGACCCGACCAGGGCACGAAAACGAAGACAAGGAUCUGUAACGUCCUCGAUGUCGGACGACGAGGAUGAGAAUUGGGACGACCCGCUGCGCAGACAAACCAAGUGGGGCCAGAUCCGGCGGAACAAGAGAGAUGUACAAUGCCAAACGACCAACUCCCCCCAUCGCGAAAUAACCGCCGCGAGCAGCGUGGGUCAGAGUCUUAUCAACACUCCAUUUUCCAGGGACCCCAGUGUCCCAGUCCGCUGCCCACCAGCAGAAGUCCAAGCCCAGUCGAAAGCCACCUCCGGUUUCCAGCCGCCUAUCGAUAGCCGUAGCCCCGUGCGACCGAUCAAAGCUCAUAAUCCUCGCGCAAACGACUAUGAUCAUACCGGGUCCAUCCGCUCUAGGAAGAAAGUGCCAGCACCCCCGAUUCCUAAUCAAAUGCAAACAAAUCAAUCGAGAAAUUUCACUAGUUACAACAACGAGGCUCGCAAUAAUACACGUACAAAUGACUGGGCAGCUGAGGAUAGAAUGAACAGAAAUACUUUUAAAAACGAUCGCAUCAAUCCGAUUCAAGAGCUACAAAUGUUGGGACGCAAAAACAAUAACAACGACGACGACGGCGGCGGCAACACCGGGGACAAUCCACCGUUCAACUUCCAGGCUAUGCUUCGUAAAACGUCGCACCAUCGCGACUCGAUGAAGCGCACGCCGGUGUACGAGAGCUCAUCGUACGGGCCCACCCAGACGUUCAACUACGCGAAUCGCACCGUCGAGUCAAACGUCGUUUAUCGAGGUGGGGGUAUUGGUGGAGGUAGGGGAGCACGAGCAGAGUCCCCCGAGUGGAGUCCGAACGAAAUGGUACGGAUGUCGGAGAAGUACGGCCGGCAGGACUCCUGGGGCAAAGUUGCCGCCAGCGAGGGCAAGAGCAGAAGCGCCUUCGACGUCGGCGAUAUCAGCGAGAGCAUAACCACAGAGCUCGCACCCGGCAUCGUCGUCGAGGGCUACGUGGCUGAUCUCUAAACCCAUAUAUAGCGCCAAUGCGCCGGAGCUGGAUAAUAAUUAUAUAAUGUAUACCAUCACGAGGAGAACAUGAAUAAUAAUAUUAUUUAUACGCUCAGUCACUUUUGCAAUCAUUGCAUACACGUUGUACACUACACAUACACGAACACGCAUCCGUAACUUCGUUCAACCGAGAUUGUAUUUAAGUUAUAUUAUUUAUCCAGUCGUUCGUUCAAUCAGUUCAAUUCGAUUCCCCUUUAAUCAAAAUACUUGAGUUGCAACUUAUAAAGUUGUAAGUUUACAGGCUCCCUUUCCCACUUACUUAGAGAUUUUAUCGGAAAAUGUUUCAGUUUCAUUAAACAAUAAUUUUGUAAUUUUACCUCCAGAAAUUAACAUUAAACAAAAUGUUUAUUCACCAAUAUUUAAUUCAACUUUAUAAAAUGUAAGGUUUCACUGUAGGAUUAGGAAAUUCUAAUUGAACUUUUGAGGAUGACUAUAAUAAAAAGUUAUUAACAUU